UUGUCGAUUGCUUGAUUUGUUGUGUCUUACUUUUCACGUAACAUACUAAAAGAAAUCGACUAAAAUGUUCAAGGAAAUUAUUGUCUUGGUGUUGGCCGCAUCCUGUGUUUCUGGACUCGCUUUCACCGAUUGUGGAUCCACUGCUACCGUGCACGCGUUGAGAAUCCAAGGAUGUACUGCUCAGCCAUGUAUUUUCCGCAGAGGACAAACAUACAUUAUCGAGAUGGAUGUUACGUCUAGAUCCAACAGUAACGCUUUGCCAUUGACGAUAACCGGACAUCCUCCAAUCAUACCACCAAUAACCGUUUUCUCCGGCAAUGCUUGCACUAUGUUGACCGCAGGAUCUUGUCCAUCCGCUCCUGGCAAUUUCAAAACUGCGCGCAUUCCAUACACUGUUGGAAACUUGUUGCCAGCGAUAAGCCUUCCAGUCAGAUUCACAGUCCGAGAUGAUUCAGGUGCCACUCCAGUUUGCGGACAAAUUCAAGUGCAAAUUCAAGGUUAAAAAUGUUCAAUAAAAAUACAGUUUAAAUUCGCA